AUGUCAAAUUUAUCUGAAGAUAUAAGUAUAUCUAAACGACCAAGAAUAUUUCGUGGUCGAGGUGCUCAACAAAGAACUGAUGUAAAAAAGAAAGCUAGAAGAAAUCAAAGUACAGGUGAUAUAAUUCAAAGUGCUCGUGAACCAACUAAAAUUGAAUCAAAAGAUGAAAAUAUAAAUCCCGGUAAAAAAGUUCGAAGAUGGUUACGUUUAUUAAAAAUGACUAGUAUUAGUGCUACAACUGCCAUAACAUUGGAUGGAUUAAGAACAGAGAAUAAUCAUUCUUAUAAUCAACAAACUAGUCAGAAUCAUAAUCAUCAUCAGUAUCAUCAUCAUCAUUAUCCUGAUAAUUCUAAUUCACCUCCACAAGAAAUGCAAUCUUUUCUUGGCAACUUAGGUAUUGGAGCUUAUGUUGGUGAUGAAGAGAAUGCAUUUGUAAAUUCGGACAAUUCAGAAGAGAUAAAUGUUGAACAGUUAAAUAAAACAAAUAAACCUCUUUCUAAAUCAAUGAUAAAUUUAUCUUCAGUUAGUUUAUGGCCACCUAAACGUAAGACAAGUGAUCAAAUUAAUGAACCAGAAACAUUACUAAAUGAUGUCAGUGAACAUUGUAGCCGUUUAUCAUCCUCUCGUGUUAGUUGUCUAUCGAAUAAUUCGUUGUCAUCACCUCAAUCAACAACAUCGUUUACGCGUUCGCAAAAGAAACCAUCUAUUUCAGAAAUCACAAACUCAUCAACAUUUGACAGUGGGAUGAAUCAAUUCAAUCAAACUGAAUUCUAUGAAUCAAUGCCUUUAAUACUUAAAACUGUGAUAAAUCAAACAUCACUGUAUAAUAAUAUUCAUUCUAUGCAGCGUUAUAAUGUUAGUGAAGGAUUUGCCUCGAGUAAUUUAACACCGAAACUUUCAACAAGUACUAUUACUGCGACUAAUAGUCACCAUCAAAGUGGUGAGAAUAUUAAUGUCAAAAAAGCUAUUCAUUAUCCAGCUUGGAUGAUUAUUAGUGAUGAACAAUUACAAUUGGAUACAACUUAUUCAUUUUAUCGGAUAGCAGAUUAUUUAAAAGAGUUAUAUUUAGCUGAAUCUUGGUUAGAGAAUUUAUUAAUAUCUGAUAUUUUACCAAGUCGUAGUCAUUCACCAGUAAGACAACCAACUGAUUAUCGAUCACGUCGAGCACGUCUUGAAAAUAAUCCAAUAAUAUCGCAUAAAAUAUUAAAGAGAACAUGCAGUGAACAACGUUAUGAUGAAACACAAUUAAUUGGUGGUUUAUGGGAUAGACGAGAGAUGGAUCUUAUUCAAAAAUUAAUUCAUCGAGCAAUCUCUACAAUUGAAUUAAAAAUAUCAUCUAGACAAAUAGACGAAAAGGAAUCGUCAUAUUCAGCAACAACACCUACUACAACAACACUGAGUGCUAUAAUUUUUAGAAAUGCUUCAACUGAAAGAAAAAUUCCCAUCUCUUUACGUUCAUUUAUUCCGGAUUGUGAGAAAAUCACAGGGAACAAUGAAAAUACUAUUAAAUGGAAAAAGAUUUACGCUGAAGAAAUUGUAAAUAUUGUUAAACUUCCUCGUUAUCCUGUUGAACAACAUUUAAAUUUAGAAACUAUACAUCAAUCACAAAAAUCUACCAUUUUUCUUUGUUCUGAUCAUCUUGUCUUAACACAAUGGCCAUUAGAUCAACAAUCAUUUGUAUGUAAUGGAGAUUUGGCGCAUAUUAUUCCAUUCUAUGAAUUAUGGUGUGAUACCAUGAAACUUGAUGAAUUAUUAUGCAUACGAUCAUCAUCAAUAUAUGUGUCAAAAUCAUUAAAACAUCAUAAUAAAUUCAAUUCUAAUAAAAAAAAUUCCGAAAUUGACAAUGAUCAUUUAAGUAAAUAUAAUAUCUCUUCAUCAUCCGGUAUAUUAGAAGAAUAUGCUGAUCUAUUGAAUAGUCCUACUUUCAAUGAACAAUGUAAUCAGUUAAUUAAUGAUACAGAGAUAAUAAAAACAUCAAAAUCUUCUUAUUCAUCAAAUGAUAAUCAUACAUUUAAUAAUACUGAUAUGUUAUUAUUAAUUGGGCAUCCACCAAUGGAAAAUUGGGCAAUCCGUUUUUCAAAUAAUAAUCUUUGUGAAAAAUGGCGACAUAUGAUCAAUGAAUCUAUUCGAAAAAGUCAACAAAUAUUCUAUGGGAAAUCGAUCAAUGUGAAGGUGAUCAAUCAGAUAAUUCCAAAUCAUCAAGUAAUAUAUAAAUAUCAUAAUAUUUCUGUUGAUAUGACAAUAGAUCAUUUAAAAGAUAAAUCAUUGGAAGGACUUAAUAUUAAUGUAAAUAAUACAAAAGCUGAUUUAUAUCUACGUUAUACUGAAUCAAAUGGAGAAGAACGUGAAAUACUUAUGUAUGGUCCAGAAAAUCCAUUUUUAAUAGCACUCUCUAGUGUUCAGUUGAAUACUUCGGAUUCUUCAUUGAGUACUCCUAAAUCAGCAAUAACUGUUUCUAAUACUACUAGCAAUACUACUAAUAUAAAUAAUACCACCGGGAAUAAUAGUCCAGACAGUAAUACUAAUCACUAUAAAGAUAUAUUGGAUCUAAUAAAGAAAGUCUCUUUAUCACCACAAUCGGAGAAUAGAACAACUGAUCAUAACCAUAACAACGGUAGUGAUUACAUUAUUUCAAGAGAUCAAAUUAAAAUUAGUUUUGUACUUCGUCCUGUAGACAAAUAUUAUUCAACUGAAGAUAAUCAACAUCAUUAUCAAAAUUAUCAAAAAGUUUCAACAAAAUCUGAUAUGAAAUCUACAGAAUAUGUGAGACAAGAACGUGGACGUUCCACAUCAAAAUCAUCUUCAGCAUCAGCAUCAAGAAAUCGUCGAAAUGAUACAACACAAAACAAUAAUAUGAUGACUAAAUCCAGUAUAUUCUUAAAUCAUAAUAAUACAAAUAUUAGCAAACAAAAUACUAGUACUAAUGUACCAUUGCGUGGUGCAAUUAGUACUAGUUCACUUCAAAUUGGUACAACACAAGAAAUACAAUGUGGGCAAAUUUUUGGACGUCUGCCUGAACAAUGUUGGCCUGAUUCUCAAUUACCGGAAUCUUUAGUGAAUCUAUUUGCUAUUGUAUAUUAUAAUGGGGUAAAUGUUGAAGGAAUAUUUCGACGUACAGCUGUUCAUAGUCAAAUUGAAUUGAUGAGAGCACGUGUAGAUGAAAAUAUUCAAAUGAUUACACCAAAUAAUUGUAGUCCAAUUUUAGCAUCGUGUGUUUUAAAGAGGUUUUUCUGUGAAAUACCUGGUCAUUUAUUAAUCGACUCUCAUUGGGAUGAGUGGGCCAGUUUAACUGAAAUUAGUUCAGCAUCAGAACGUUUACAGGUUCUUGAAAGAUUGAUUCGUAAUCUUCCCAAGGUUAAUCAGACAUUACUGGCCUUGCUAGUUUAUUUACUUGCACAUAUUCGUGAUAAUGAAGAAAUAAACCGUAUGUCAGCUAGAAAUUUGGCGGUUGUAUGGGGUCCAAAUUUAAUUCAACGACCAAAUUCUCCAUUAGCAUUAUCUGAUUCUAUGAUAACGACACAAAUUAUAACUUACCUGUUGGAACCGGCAGUAACAAAUUUCUUAUUAAGCACUAGCAAUGUUAAGAUGGAAUUGAAUCAACACUUUUCAAAUAUUUGGGGAAAUUUUCUAAAAGACUCUAAUAAUAAGACAAAAAUUCAAAACACCACUACCACAUCAACAGCAACAACAAAUACUGAUUCAUCAGAUGAUGAUAAAAUUUCUAAACAAGAUUCUGAUUUCCAUUCUGAACGGAAAACAACGAAACAACAUCCUUCACGAAGAGGAUAUUCUGUUUCAAAUAUACCACCACAGAUAAGUUCUCUGGAAGUGGACAAUUCAUUGAUGAAUGAAAAAUUAAGUAAUUCAUUAUUGAAAACAAGUGAACAACAUCAACAUACUGAAUCCAUAGUAGUAAAUAAUUCUUCUUCUUCUUUAAAUUUAUCAAUAAACAAUAAAUCUAAUCAUCAAUUAAACAUGGAAAAUGCAUCACAGUCAUCAUUAAUGAAACGAAGAGGUGCUGGACGUAUGCAUAAAAAAAAACAUAGUUUUUUUAAUCAAUUAGCAUUACCUGAUCAAACAGGACCACCUAAUUCUACUGAUUUGAUUACAACAGAAUUGAAAAAUAUUAUACGAUCAAGAACUACAUCAAGUAUAGUAUUACCAUUAUCAUUUUCUGUAACAGCUACAACAACAACUUUAACAAAUCCAUCAUUAGCUUCAACAGUAUCAGUAGAGAAACAAGAAUCUAUGAAAAAGACAAUUCCUUCAACAACAACAACAACAACAACAACAUCAUCAUCAUCAUUGAUACCUAGGCGUUCAAGAAACACAUCUUGUCCACCGAGUACAAAUAAAGCAACAAUUUCUAAUGAUAAAUUUAGUAUUCCUUGCCCAUUGCCAAGAAAUCAAAUCAAUACAGAAGCACCACCUGUCCCAUUAAGAGGUCAACAAUUAACACAUCAAGAUGUUCGAUUAAAACUUGCCAAUAAUAAUAAUAAUAAUAAUAAUAAUAAUAAUAAUAGUAAUAAUAAUAAUAAUAAUAGUAAUCUGCCAAGGAAUAAUUCUAAUCACUCAAAACCAAUCAGUCAUAAUAAUAAUAAUAAUAAUAAUAACAACAACAAUAAUAAUAAUCGAUUACAUGACGAAACAAGAAUGCCAACUCCCACUUCCACUACUUCUACUACUACAUCGCCUAUAUCACGACAACAAAAACCAUUUCAUCGUAGAUUUCGGUCACAGACAUCGACCAUUGAAAUACCAGAUGUUAAUUUACUGCAUACUGAUACAUAUAGAAUGCGACAAAACAAACUGAGUACUACUGCUACUACUACCACUACUACUACUAAUAAUAAUUGUAAUAGUAAUAAUAUUGCUUAUAAAAGACAACAUUCCAUGAACUGUCCAUUUAGUUAUACUCAAUCAUUUUAUGAACCAUUCGAAAAUGAUCUAUCAGUAAGUAGUCAUGCUACUAAUACUACUAAUAGUGGUAGUAGUAAAACAAAUGAGUCUACUGCACCAAUUAAAAUUAUUUCAGUGUCGUCUAGUAGCAAAGACAGUGUUCCAUUGAAACCUCACAAAAAAUCACCAUCUAACCAUAGUACUAAUGAUUACGCUAUCAAUAAUAGUAAUAAUCAUACGACAAAAUCCAGUAAAUCAAUCCAUUCGUCUACUGAUCACCGAUCACGUAAUAAUAAUAAUAAUAAUAAUAAUAAUAAUAAUAAUAACAAUACCAAUAACAAUAUAAAUACUAAUAAUAGUAGUAUGCCACGAUCAGAAAGUGAUAUGAGUAUGAUUUCAACAGAUUCUUCAUUAUUAUCCUUUUCAUCCAAUUCAUCAUCAUCUUCAUUACGUAAACAUAAUAAUAAAAUAAAGGACGAUAUAACCGAUAUUACCACAGGAAUUCCAUGUCCAGUUGUACAUCGUCCAGAAUUUAAUACAACCGGUUAUAUUACUAAUACAAAACGUAAAUUUAGCCAAAAUACAAUACAAAAAUCCAAUUCACCUCAAUCAAUUAAUGAUUAUAAACAAUUGAAUAAAUCCACAUGUAAACAUCCAUUAUCAUCUCAACCAUUUAUUACACCAUUAUAUUCAACAACAACAUCUUCAUCAUCAUCAUCAUCAUUUUCAACAUCACCAUCACCGACAUCAUUUAGUAGUUCAGAUAUUGGUUAUGUUACAUCACAUCAUGAAAAUUUAGAAAAUAUUAUUCAUGAAAAUAAUUCUAAAAUAUUAAUUAAUUGUGUAAAUGAUGAAAAUCGUAGUUGUGGUACCGCAGUUAGUCGAAUGAGUUCACAUGCUUCAACUAUAUCAAGUGGUUCAGUGACAGUGAUUUCAACAUCAACAGAAAAAUAA